CACCCAUGGAGCCGAGGGUGGGGCCCGCCCAGAGCUGGAACUAGAGCUGGAGCCGGGUCCUGGGUUCCUGCGUCCACUCCAGGAAGUUCAAGAUCCGCACCAGCCCGCUUCAGGGCCUUAACGAGGGUGCACGGCCUGGCCUGAAAUGUGCUGGCUCUGAAUUAGGUGUGAUCAAUGAGGGAGAAUAGCAAUUGAGUUCAUGGAAAAUGCUUGUAUGUGUGUGUGUGUGUGUCCCCUCAUUUAAAAAACUAUUUCUGUGCAUUCUUUUUAUUUUUUUAUUUUUUUUCCCCCAAAACCCCAGUAGAUAAUUGUAUGUCAUAGCUGCACAUCCUUCUAGUUGCUGUAUGUGGGAUGCGGCCUCAGCAUGGCCGGAGAAGCGGUGUGUCGGUUCACGCCCGGGAUCCGAACCCGAGCUGCCAGCAGCGGAGCGCGUGCACUUAACCACUAAGCUAUGGGGCCGGCCCAGUGCAUUCUUGAUUCUAGGACCCUCCUCUGUCUGCCUCCUUAUGGGAUUCCAUAGUUGGUUUAGAAUGUACGAGUUACAUCUACCCCAUGCCUCACACAUAGUAGGAGCACAAUAAAUGUAAGCUUCUUUCAUUUAGCUGCUCAGUGGUCACUUGGAUUUGAGGGCAAAAAGAGCUUCCCCAGUCUAGAAGCUUAUGAGCCUCUGGUCCCUGCCUCUUCUUUCCUUCUCCAGCUGAUGACAAACCCCUGAGUGUCAUAACAUCCUCCGUGUCCUCAUCUGUUAUUCUGGGACACAGGCUGGGGAGGGUACCCGAGUAGGCCCCCUCUGACUGAGGCUGGCCUGUCUUGCACCGUGGGCUGGCCUGUGCCAUUCCUGUGGAUGGAUGCAGAAGGGUGAGACACUGAUCCUGCUAGUUGGGCAGGAUGCUGGCAGGAGGGCGGGGUGAGGAGGGGCGGAGCUUCCAGGACAAAGGAGAACGGAGAGCCCUGGGGGCUCAGGCAAGGCAUCAAAAAGGCUCUGCAGAGUGAGCAGGCCACAGCAGCUGUCUGCCUCUGUGCCCAGCAGUUGGUCAGACAACUCUGGCCUGGUACCUUCUGCCUGCCCCAAGCCAGCCACCUAAGCGACACUCCUUAGAGAGGCCUUGUUCUCCACCGUGAUUGCGCCAACACUACUCUGUGGCUUUCUCUACUUGGUGUGGGUUGCUGCUGCUGUUCCAGAGGAGAGAAGAGGAAUGGCCGGGAGCGGAGCCAGGAGCCAGGAGGGCCGCCGGGAGCGUACCUACGUCCCGGAGCCUUUUGAUGGAGCCAACAUAGCCCCACACCUCUGGCUGCACCGCCUUGAGGUCAUCGACAACCUCAACCAUUGGGACCAUGGCAGCAAGCUAAGGUUCCUGAAAGAGUCCCUCAGGGGAGAUGCCCUGGAGGUCUACAGUGGACUUAGUCCUGAGGACCAGGGGGACUAUGGGGCUGUGAAAGAGACCCUCCUGCAUGCCUUUGGGGGGUCCAGGACCACCCACGGCCACCUGCCCAAGGAGAUCGUCUUUGCCAACAGCAUGGGCAAGGGCUAUUACCUCAAGGGGAAGAUUGGUGAAGUGCCGGUGAGGUUCCUGGUGGACUCUGGGGCCCAGGUCUCCGUGGUCCACCCAAGCUUGUGGGAGGAGGUUACCGAUGGCGACUUGGACACCCUGCGGCCCUUUGAGAACGUGGUGAAAGUAGCCAAUGGGGCUGAAAUGAAGAUCCUGGGCAUCUGGGAUACACUGGUGUCCCUGGGCAAGCUGAAGCUGAAGGCAGAGUUCCUGGUGGCCAAUGCAAGUGCUGAAGAAGCCAUCAUUGGUACCGACGUGCUCCAGGACCACAAUGCUGUCCUAGACUUCGAGCAUCGCACAUGCACCCUGAAAGGGAAGAAGUUCCACCUUCUACCUGUUGGAGGGUCCCUGGAGGAUGAGUUUGACCUGGAGCUCAUAGAAGAAGAGCCCUCCUUGGAGGAAGGGCGGCAGCAGCUCUCCUAUUGAGAAGCCCCUUUUCCUUACCUCCAAACAUUGGUGGGAAGACCCACCACGGUGGAGGGGAAGGGCAUACACCCUCAGGGGGUCACUGGGCUUGGCCAACCCUCUAAAACCAACUCUUGCCCUCCUCCUCCCCCUCCUCCUCCCUCUCCAGGGGCCUUAAUGGGCCCCUGGUGGGAGUGGCUUCCAUUUGAAAAGGCACAGGUAAGGGAGAGCAGGCUGGCUUUCUUAGAGACAGAGAAGGUCCUCAUGUUUGUCAAGCUGCUAUCAGUGGCAAAGACUCAAAGGCUAAAAGAAGGUUCCAAGAAGGCUAGACAUGGUUGUCUUUGAGAGAGGACCCUUUCAGAUCCCCUGAGAUGUAGCUCAGUCACCUUCAGGUCCAUGCAGCCUGUCUCAGCUGGGCUGGGUCUUGGCUGCAGAGUCCUCACAAGCAAGACCCAGCUCACAGGUGAGGGUCACAGCUGCUUGGGGAUUCUUCCCCAUUGGGUCUUCCCACCUGCAUGAUCUAUGUUUUCUUCUGUUAUUUGCUUUGAAACUCAGUGAGCCUUAUGUCAAUAAUUCAUUACUUCAAAAACCAAUAAAUAUUGA